AUGCCCAAAGCCAAGGGGAAGACCAGGAGACAGAAGUUCAGUUACAAUGUUAACCAGAAGUGGCUGAACCAGAAUGUUCGAUGGAAAGCGGCGUCAUGGGUCAAGUGCUCCCACAUCCAACAUGCCUGGAACCACGCCAAAUCCAUGCAACAGAACCUGAUCAAGAUGGGGUUGGCUAUGGACCCCAACAAGGCGGUUCCUCUCUGUAAGAGAAAGGUGAAGGCCAUGGAUGUGGACGUAGAGGAGAGGCCUAUGGAGCUUGUGCGGAAGCCCUAUGUACUAAACGACCUGGAGGCAGAACCCAGCCUUUCAGAAAAGAAAGGAAACACACUUUCUCGAGAACUCAUUGACUAUGUGUGCUACAUGGUGGAGAAGCAUGGAGACGACUACAAGGCUAUGGCCCAGGAUGAGAAGAAUUACUAUCCACAUACCCUGCAAACAUAUUCGGAAUAA